CAGUGUAUUUAAUAGGAUUGACAAUUUCACUUAACGAUCUGGCGAUAGUUUGUCUGCCAAAUGUCUGAGGAAACCACUGAUCAGCCAGCCCUGCAAAGGGAUCAAACAACCCACGAUUUUUUGACGGGAUUGAAGGAAAGAGAGGAACUGAAAGCGAAACUUCACGAAAGGGAGAAAGAAUGUAAUUCGCUAAAGGGAACAGUUUAUGACAUGAGCAAGAAAAUGGAGGAAUUGGAGAAACAAUUGGCUGAAAAGAAUAAGGAAACCAAAAAACGCCGUCAAUCAGAGGCAAAAAAACCUAAAAGACCAGCACAAAGAAAAAGAGACAAAGGAACUAAAGGCGCUGAAGAGAAAACUGAUGGGAACAAUAAAGAGAAUAUAGACAACCCAUUUGAUGACCCAGAGAAGUUAUACCAGGAAAUUGCCAGCAGAUAUCCUGAUGUUCCUCUAAGUACAGUUCUCAUUGCUGAGAAAAAGUUUGUGGAGGCAGAUCUUGACAGGAAUGGGACCAUAGACAGUGAUGAACUAGAAAAGAUGUUGGAUUUAAUAGCUCAGCAGGGGAACUCUAUGAUGUACACAAAGGCAGAUAUAAGGGAAAAGAUAUUUAAGAAGAUAGAUGUGGACAAUACAAAUUCCAUAGACUUCUUUGAAUGUAUAGGGAUUUUAGAGAUGGUACGACUAAACAAAAGCACUGAUCUGCCAACUGCCUUACAACAGAACAAGAGUGCUGUUUGUGCCAUUCAAUAGCAAAAGAGUGAUCAUGUAAAAAAUGGAUGCAAACUGAAGACUUUGAUAAUUUAAGGAUUUUGUCAUUGUUGUUUAGUAAUAUAUUCAAUGAUAAUUUACAGUAGCAAGUAAAAUUUUGGAGAGAAACCUUUAAGAAGAAUGUGUGUUGGUUAAUAGUGGCAAUUGCUGCUUUAUAGUGCCUUGAGGAGAGUUACAGCUAUACCAUGUAUGUCAGUAAUCUCAAGAUAUUCAUUACAGAAAAUUAAUUCAAAGGUGGCAAGUUCUCAUUAGAAUUACUAAUACUCAACUAAUGACAAUGUUAAAAAAAACAUUUAUUUAGUAUCCUGUGAUAAUGAAAACAUAUAAUUUGUUUAUAAUUUAUUCUCAUCCAGCAUAAUAGCCCCCACAUAUUGGUUGUUUUUUAAUGCUGAUAAUAUUGAUGAAGGUGAUGAAGUUAAUAGUAAUAAUUGUGAUAAUAACAAUUAUGAUAAUGCUGGCAACAUUGAUUAUGAUACUUAUUUUGAUAUGUAGUUAGAAUUCCUGCCUCAUCUUUUGUGGUUUCCAGAGAGCUGGAGGCACUGGGGUAAAUUAUGAACCAUGAAUUUAUUGAUAUUUUCAAAUGACAAAUUUUAAAAUCUGUUUGAUAUAUGUCUUUAUUUGGAGUCUCAACUCAAGUCAAUUAAAAGAGUGUAAAUGGCUGUAAAAACGUUUCAAAGGAAUCCUGAAGUGGAAGAAAUUUGCCCUCUAAAUAUACUCAUCUAUUUUGUUAAACUUUCAAGAUUUUAGAUUUGAAUUUGAUUGUGGCAAGAUUUCUCAUCAAUAACUAGAUUCAAUGGGGUUUAAAUUGAUAUGCCUUGAAUGUUGCAAGAACUGCGACAUACUUUAGAAUCAGAUAUACAUUCUAUCAAUUAAUAUUAUGAAAUUUGGAUGACUUAAAGAUUAAUUUGACUAUCUCAAGUUAUGGAGUAUAAAUUAUUGUGCCUUCUAUUUAAUUAUGCAACCUCACUCACAAAGGCUGUGAGCUGACCAGACCUAACUGUUUUUACUUCCAACUAUGGAAAAUUUAAGUCAUGUUUACAUGUACCUUGUCAGUUGCUGUUUUUAAAUUAUAUUCUAAUAAAGUUAACAUAUUUACAUCUA